AGGGCCGGUGAACAGUGGCCAUUCCGCUCCGGAGCUCCAAGAGCUGGCAAGGCAAAGAGAACCGAUGCCUCAAGGAACAAAAAAGACGGAGCUAAGACAAAGGCAGCCUAUCUACUUUUUUCACGAAAAACGAAGUAACGGAAAAUUCCAGAAACAAACUAACAAACAAGCACAAGAUGAGGCACGCGUCAGCAGAUAACGACACAGUGAAAAACACUUCUUUAACAGUGACAAACCUGUUUAAAAUUUGCACACAGUGCGAGCGGCUUAGUAAAAAGGACAUUGGAGUGCGAAUCCCCAGACCACUGGGAAACGGACCAAGUAGAUUCAUCCCAGAGAAAGAGAUCCUUCAAGUGAGCAAAGUGGAUGCCAGAACGCAAUCCAUAUUUGAGGAGGCCUUUUCCCUCGGUCGCCUUGAUAACAUCUCCCUGGUAAUGGGCUUCCACCCUCAGUAUCUGGAGUGUUUCCUGAGGACACAGCAUUACCUGCUUCAGAUGGAUGGGCCCUUAUCCCUGCACUACAGGCAUUACAUUGGCAUAAUGGCUGCUGCCAGGCACCAGUGUUCGUAUUUGGUCAACCUGCACGUGAAUGAUUUCCUGCAGGUUGGGGGAGACCCCAAGUGGCUGAACGGUCUUGAAGGAGCCCCACAGAAGCUGCAGGCACUCGGAGAGCUUAACAAAAUUUUGGCACACCGGCCAUGGUUGCUCACCAAAAUGCACAUUGAGAGUCUACUGAAGGCAGAGGAGAAUAGCUGGUCUUUGGCGGAGCUGAUCCAUGCCGUAGUGCUGCUUACACACUACCACUCGCUGGCCUCAUUUACCUUUGGCUGUGGGAUCACCCCAGACAUCCACACCGAAGGAGGACACACUUUCAGACCCCCCUCCCUCAGCGGCUACUGUGUGUGCGAUAUCGCCAAUGGCAAUGGGGCUCUGGAGGAGAUGCUGGGAAACCAACAGGUCGCAGAAGUGUCCGGGGAGGUUGAAGUGCUGAUGGAGAGGAUGAAGCAGCUCCAGGAGUGUCGUGAUGAAGAGGAGGCCAGUCAAGAGGAAAUGGCAACACGCUUUGAGCGGGAGAAGACUGAGAGCAUGCUAGUGGCAACAGCUGAGGACGAGGAGUGUGUGCCAUCCAGAGAUGUGUCACGGCACUUCGAGGACCCCAGCUAUGGCUACCAGGACUUCUCUAGAAGAGGAGAGCAUGUGCCUACCUUCAGAGUCCAGGACUACAGUUGGGAGGACCAUGGCUUCUCCCUGGUGAACCGGCUGUAUCCGGACGUUGGCCAGCUGCUCGACGAGAAGUUCCAGAUUGCAUAUAAUCUGACCUACAACACCAUGGCCACGCACCAGGGUGUGGACACUUCCAUGCUCCGCCGAGCCAUCUGGAACUACAUUCAUUGCAUGUUUGGCAUCAGAUAUGAUGAUUAUGAUUAUGGGGAGAUCAAUGAGCUGUUGGACCGCAGCUUUAAAGUCUACAUUAAGACUAUGGUGUGUAGCCCCGAGAAGACUACCAAGAGGAUGUACGAGAGUUUCUGGAGGCAGUUCCAGCACUCUGAGAAGGUCCAUGUUAAUUUGCUUCUUAUGGAAGCGCGCAUGCAGGCAGAACUGCUCUAUGCUCUAAGAGCUAUCACUCGCUACAUGACAUGAAGUGCUGUUAUAGUUUGUUCUUGUAUUUUUACUGUCGUUGUUGUUGCUUUCAUGGGACAAUUCAAUAAAAGUAAAAACAACAAAAAAAAAGAAAAACAAAAACGAAAGGAAUGGUAAAGAGGCCGAACGUGGAGGAUGAGGAGGAUUAUCGUCUUCGUGGUGGAUGACGGAAGAAGGAAAAAAAAAAUCACGAGAGAAGACAUCUGAGCGUACUUUCUGACUGAAAUGUGUGGUUGCUCGGCCUGCAGUGCCAAAGCCCGCCACGGGGGGGGUGUGUUGGCUUACCCCCUGCAUUGGGACAGCCUGAGACUGCAAGCGAAUGGAGGCCAGCCCUCCUCCUAGUGUUUCAAAUGCAUCUGCAUUAAGAUGCUACUCAAUCAUAUCUUCUUUUUUUGUGAAAGGAAAAAAAUAUAUAUCACAACUCCAGUAUCAGUGCAGACAGACUGCACUAACAUGCCUAUUAUCGUUUUUGUUUUCAUAUAAUUUUUGUAGUGCAGGUGACUGGAGAGAAGAGCAUUAUUGAAGCUGCAUAAACGUGUGCCUAGUCAUGAACAGCACUGGAGACGAACGCAGAGGUGCUGUCUGUUAAUGCUGCUUUUCUCAACUGAGAGGCAUGGGCCUCCAAACACCCAAACCAUAACCCAUUUAAUAAGCUAACUUGAGGAUGUUUGUGAUGGAGAGGAUGCGACUGGGAGUGAGAAGUGAAGUGUGUAUGUGUGAGAGUGUGCGUGUGUGCGCACGGGGGAGAGAUAUUCAAAAGAAAUAGCUGUCUGAGCCCUUUUUUUUGGUUUACUGUAAGUCACCACUCUGUCUCUGCUUACCAACAUGUGUUGUAAUGUGUUUUAUAUAUAUAUAUAUAUAUAUAUAUAUAUAUAUAUAUAUAUAUAUAUAUAUAUAUAUAUACAUAAACACAAUUUAUCUUUGCCUUUUUUGGUAUUUCAGGCUUAAAAAAUAUCAAGGCACUUUUUUUCAGAAAAUCAAGAUAUGCUUCAGCCCUAAUGUAGCCAUUUUAGGUUUAGUGACCAUUUCCUAAAACUCACUUUGUGUUGUCCGAGUGACAAAUGAGCAAUUUCAAAGAAAAAAAAAAUUAGAAAAAAUGAAAAUAGUCUUCCUUUGUGAUGUGCUUCCUGUUGCUCUGGACUCUGCCCCCAACCCCUCACCUGUCUUCCCUUUACCGCAUGGUCAUCUUAACUCCUGAAAGCUAUUGUUUUGUUAUUUUGGAGUUGUCAGUAUAAUGAUAUACCUCCUGUUAUGUAUCUCUUUAGGUAUCUUAAGUGCUCUUUGGUGAGCAGGACUUUCUCUUUUGUGGGGUUUGCCUGGUGUGGCUUCAUCCUGCUUAAAUCCAGGCUCCCCUAAACGACUGUGCAGUCGUGACAUAGACAGUGCUUGUUCUUGUUUCAGAACUUUAACCAGUAUAACUAAGCAGCUUUUUUUUGUUAUGUUGAGUGUGUGUGUUUUAAGCAGGAUAGAUUCUCUGCUGUCUUCUGUUUUUGUUUGCUAAAACCAAUCCAGUACUGCAUUCUGAUGGUGGCUGGAACAGUCAGGUGUAGAGUGGCAAAAUGGAAUAAAGAAGGAGAGAGGGAUGGUACUUUUCCUUUUGAAAAUGGAUGUAAAGAAACAAAUGAGGGUUUUUUUUAAAAUCAAUUUUCAGAGACUGAUGUCAGUUACUGACAUUUUUAUAAGAUAACAUUCAACAAACGAACACAAAAAACUUGAUAAAUAAAUAAAUAAAAACCCAUUUAAUCACUGUGUAUCAUUUGUAUUUCAGGAAGUAUUUUUUUUUUUCUAACAAGUUUUAAUUGCAUCAAAAACAAUCACAUCCAAUGUCAGUAUGGAGACACCUGAGAUAAAUACAGCCAUUCAGCACUAGUCAUGACAAUUCUUUGAACAAUCUAAAUGUCUUUACAUCAUUAAAAAAACCUUUAACCCCAUAACAUGAAGAAAUAAAUAAAUAAAGACUAUGUUUUGUGACUGUCACAAAACAUGAUUCAUCAUGAGUGAUAAUCAUAAACAUGACAAGUCCUAGAACUUGCAAAUGGUACAGUUUAGUAUGGUCCACACAGUCACCAAAACAGCUAGUAUGGGCUACAUAAGGAUGUGGUCAUUCCCUGCUAUGCAGUGAUAAACAUGCAGAUGCAGAAAUUGAGCUGCCCUCCUGUGAAGAGGCUCCAAGUAAAUCUCCUAGUUGGUUUGGGACUUUGCCCACUGCUUCUCGUUUGUCCUCAAGCAUGUUAUGCAUUUAAAUUGAGAUCUCAAUUUAAAGCCCAUCAUGUUUUGGUCAAUUAUUGGUCCUGUGAAUUAGAAUAUUUUCAGCACAAGAAAGUGGUUGCAGAGCAGUGGUUCAGUGCCGUGAUAGGUAAUUGUGCAGAUGGUAGUAGUAAAGUGUUAUUGUUAGCAUUAAAGGAUUGUGUGGGGGAAGAAACCAGUGCCAUUUUGUAUGAGUUUGACGUAACUGUUUCAUGAGAUUAUAACUCUGUUCUGUGUACCUUCCAGACUUUCUUGGAAUUGUAUCUCUUUAAUAAAGCUCUUGAGAUCA